AGGAGGCGCGCGGUAUAAAGAAGAAGCGGAACCAUCGAGCGGGCACGGGACGGGUUCGACCGGAGCUUUUAAACAGGACGACUCAGUGACGUCAUCACACUUUCGUCAAAUCCUUCAGGCUGAAGGUCCGAGAUGACGACGAGCACCAAACAGGUGACCUGCAGGUACUUUCUCCACGGCGUGUGUAGGGAGGGGAGCCGCUGCCUGUUCUCUCAUGACCUGAAUAACAGUAAACCUUCAACCAUCUGCAAGUUCUACCAGAGAGGAAUGUGUGCGUACGGAGAACGCUGCAGGUACGACCACAUCAAACCCUCAGCCAGGGGGGGAGGAGCUGCAGCAGACCAGAGUGCUGCUGGAGGUGGAGUUGGAGGUGGGACUUCAGUCACGUCCAGCAGGAAGAAGACACUGCGUUUCAGAGACCAAGGUCUGACUGUGGACGACACAUGUGGUAGUCCAGCGGAGAUGCUGGGGUCAGAGGUCACAGCAGGAUGCCCACAGUCCUAUGUGGAUGCCAUCAGGACUGGACUGGGUGGAGCUGCUCAGGAACCAGGCAUUGCUUCUCCCACCGUAGGCGGAGCUUCCCAAGCAGCCGCUCAGCUCUGUCCCUACGCUGCUGCAGGACACUGUUCCUAUGAGGACAACUGUCCCUAUCUCCAUGGGGACGUGUGUGACGUGUGUGGAAUGCAGGUGCUCCACCCCCACGACCCUGAGCAGAGGAACGCGCACGAGAAGAUGUGUCUCCUGAUGUUUGAGGCGGACAUGGAGAAAGCGUUUGCAGCUCAGCUCAGUCAGGACAAGGUCUGUUCCAUCUGUAUGGAGGUGGUGGUGCAGAAGACAAACCUGUCAGAACGGAGGUUUGGAAUUCUGUCGUCCUGUUCUCACACCUUCUGUCUCACCUGCAUCAGACAGUGGAGAUGUACCAGAAACUUCAGCAACCAGAUCAUCAAGUCGUGUCCUGAGUGUCGGGUCAUUUCGGAGUUCGUCAUUCCCUCUGCGUACUGGGUGGAGAAUCAGGAUGACAAGGACCACCUUAUUAACCUCUUCAAAUCUGGAGUCAGUAAAAAAGCCUGUAAGUACUUCAACCAGGGCCGGGGCUCGUGUCCGUUUGGAGCGAGGUGUUUGUAUCUCCAUGCCUUCCCUGAUGGAACCCGAGCGGAACCGGCCCUUCCAAGGAAGCAGCUGGGCUCUGAGGGGAAUGUUCGGUUCAUGAACAGCGUCCGUCUGUGGGAUUUCAUAGAGGAACGUGAGCAGCGUUCGGCCCCGCCGCCGGCCCUGUCAUCAUUUGAGGAUGACAUCACAGAGAUGAGGGAGCUCUUCAUGCAGAUGUCGGGACCGAGCCAGAACCGGCCAGAGACGCCGUCCACUGCUGACUACUAGAGCCUCAGCCUGACUGCUGGUCUACUCUGGACACCGCGCUCCUGCUGCAGCAGUUAAAUAAGUCGUGAUCAUCCAAACUGUCCUGAUGAAACUUUAUUUAUUGUGCACAAAAUUAAAUACAGUGUUACAUUACAAA